AUGGUAGUCGAAAAGGAAAGCACCUUCAAGGUUGCGGGAGCAUCAUUGUAUGCGAAGUCAUGGGAGCCCGAAGGACCAAUCAAAGCGAAGCUCAUCUUCGUCCAUGGCUUCAGCGACCACAUCAACCGCUACUACGGCUUCUUCCCUUCCCUCGCAGCGCGUGGCAUCGCUGUUUACGGGUUUGACCAGCGCGGCUGGGGCCGCAGUGUCAAGAAGCCAGCCGACAGGGGCCUGACGGGACCAACAUCGCGAGUAAUCGCCGACAUCGUCGCCUUCAUCGAGCCGCACCUAUCCGAUGUCCCCGGCGCGCCGCCCGUCUUCGUCAUGGGCCACUCCAUGGGCGGCGGCCAAGUCCUCACGCUUGCCUGCGACGAACAAUACCAGGACCGUAUCGUCAGCCGCGUGCGCGGCUGGCUGCUCGAGAGCCCCUUCAUCGGGUUUGCGCCCGAGCUCAAGCCGAAUCUGCUUAAAGUGUACGGCGGCCGGCUCGCGGGCAAGCUCUUCCCGCAUCGCCAGAUGGUCAACCAGAUCCCGCCCGAGGACCUGUCGCGCGACCCAGAGGUGCAGAAGAGCAUCGCGGCGGAUGAGCUGAUGCACAACACGGGCACGCUGGAGGGACUGUCGGGCAUGUUGGAUCGCACGGAUGGCUUGACGAGGGGAACGAUUAGACCGCCUGGAGGAAUAGAGAAUGCGAAGAUCAAGGCAAUCUGGUUUGGUCAUGGGAGCAGUGAUAAGGCGACGGAUUAUAAUGCUAGUAAGAGGUAUUAUGAUCAGGUAAUUACGGGCACGGUUAAGGAUCGGAUGUUUAAUAGGUAUGAGGGAUGGUAUCACCAGUUGCAUGCUGAUGGGCCCUGUAGCGAAGAGUUCUACAAGGAUGUGGGCGACUGGAUCUUGGAGAGGAGCGAGGUCUCAGAUUCGGCGAAGUUUGAGGCCAAGAUCUGA